AUGGAUGUUCCGACUUCUAAUUCAUCUUUCACAGACUUACCAAAUACAUCCAAUAUUCAAGAAGCUACUACCUCAAAAUCCCAUGCAAACAAACCAAAGAAAGAUGGGCGGCGUGAUAAGAAAGACAUUGAAAAGAUCCGGCUAGAGAAGCAGAGAAGGAGAGAGGAGCAGAGACUAUUGCAACAGAGACAGCGGCAAGAGGAAGAGAAGAGAAAGGAGAAUGGUAUAAAACCCGUUUUGAGGCCCAUGGUCAAUGUUGUAGAGGAAUUGACGGAUAUUAAAGGGGAAAGAGUCAAGAUUAUGACUUAUAAUAUGCUAGCUCAAUCCCUUUGCCGUCGGGAACUCUUUCCUCAAUGCGGCGACGCACUGAAAUGGAAAAAUCGUCGUCCGGGUCUAUUGAAAGAAAUACUUUAUUAUUCGCCUGAUAUCGGAUGCUUUCAAGAGAUGGAUGAGAAUACGUACGUUGACACUUUUAAACCAGAAUUUGAGAAAGCGGGGUAUGGGUGUGUUUAUGUCAAAAGCACAAAAAAAAGGCACGGCUGUUGUAUCAUUUGGAGAAUAAGCAAAUUUACGAAGGUCAAAGAAGAUUUAAUUUUAUAUGACCAAAUUGAAGUGCCAACAAUGCCCACUGAAUGUGUGGGACUCAUUGUGGCAUUUGAAUUCAAAUCGUCUAAUAAAGCAACUGUAGAUGGUAUUGUCAUAGGGACAACACAUCUAUAUUGGAGACCACAAAGUAUGUAUGAACGGUCAAGACAAUGUCUAAUACUUGUUGACAGACUCGAUUACAUAAACAAGGAAUUCAAGUUUCAUGCAUUUCUGGCUGGAGACUUUAAUUCAGCUCCAGGAGAUCCAAGUUAUGCACUCUUAACAGGAGGCUCGCUAAACCAAGAUCAUAUAGAUAUUCUUCAAAACUCAAUGAAACCAUUUGGUAGCAAUAAGGAUGAGGAUCCUCCUCCCGAUUCAACCUCACUCAUAUCAUCAUCCAAUGCAUCUCACACGGAACUGAAAUCAGUAUCAACAAUAAUAUCUGCAUUUAAGACUCUUCCUAAAUGUGUCUCGCUCUAUGCUCAACACUAUAUAAGCAUUGAUCCAGCAAAUACUGACAGAUUAGAACCCAAGUUUACAAAUUAUGGGGAGUAUUACAAAGGCACUCUGGACUAUAUUUUUUAUUCAGGAAAAAGCAACAAUAGAGAUAACAUAGAAAGGGAAACAAGUGAGGAAAUGCAAGUAGUAAAAUUGUUGAAAAUGCCAAGAGAAAUGGAUAUACUGCCCUCAAUACCCAAUUACAAAUUUAAUUCGGAUCACUUGUGUUUAAUAGCUGAAGUGUCAAUCAAUUGA